AAACCGCGUGCAGUCUGUCCUCCACUAUGGUUUGCAUUGAAUUCACCAUUACAAAUCCUGAGAUUUUGGAUUUUAUUUUCUGUGCAUUCAAGAAAGAAGAAAAAGAAAACAUGGGUUGAAGACGAGGGCACGAGUACAAAUAGGAUUAGGGAGUGUACUAGUAUCUGCCAUUGAUUAGCAGAGUUACUCCACCUCUUUCCCUUCAUACAAGGGAGUAGAGGGUCCCCAUUAUUGCUUUCUUUCUAAAGUGUUGCUUCUGAGAUUACAGAGGUCAUAGGCUGUUCGUGCGAGUGUGAUGUAUUCAUAGAUACUAGUCCUUCUAUGGUUUCCCACCUUUGCUGCACUUUGUUUUUUUUCUAUUUUUAUACCUUCGGAUCUUUUCACAGGUUUUAGUAGGUUGGUUUGAUAAGAUUUCAGGAUUAUGUGGGUGGUUGGUUGAUUGGUUUGAUUGGGGUCUAUGUCUGGAUUUUGGAUUGCCUAAAUUGUGGGAAAGGCCUCAUGCAUGAUAUUGAAUUAGGCUCAGGCUUACUGGGUGUUGCUGCUGCAGGGCGGGGCACUGCUGCAGAAUCAGAUUGUUAUAGAAAUCAUGGGGAUAGUGGGGUGUAUUGACAUGCACACAGAGUAGACUGAUUUGUGAUCUUGAACUGGCAGUUCAAUCAAUUUGUUUUGUGGUUGUUGUUGUUGGGUGUGACUGGUAUGACAAACGCUGGAGAUUCCAACUUGACUUUAGGAAGAUUGCGGAGUUUGAGCGAGGAUGGAGGCACGAAAAUGAGAGAGGAUUUAGUAUGUUCACACUCCACAAGAUUAAAGAGGCAGAGGGAGCAUGAAGUGAGCCGACACGGAGUGCUAGAAAAAGAGAAAGAUUGUCUUGGGAAUCAUGGCAGUGGAGAGGGAGAAGAUGAGGAUUGCAAUGUGAGUGAGAGGAGAUUCUGUGAUCCUGAUGCUAGUAAUACCAACAAUAAUUUCACAGAGAGCUUGAUGGGGGAGGAAAUUCCUCAGCAUGGAGGUUCUAGCAUUGAAAGAUUGGAUCAGGGAAGUGAUGGGGUGACUGAUGAGUCAGGAUCAGCCUCUGAGCCUAAGUUUAGGACUCCUCUCAGACUUUUCGGAUAUGAGAUUAAGCAGAUCUGUGAAGGCAAUGGAGAGACUGAGACAGACACUGAGCAUAGCCAAAUGGUGAGCAAGAAAAGUAAGGUGCACAAGAUGGAGGAGGAGUCAGGGGAGGUGGAUCUUAUCAAGGCUUCCAAUGGCAGCAACUCUUCUGGAUCGGCUGCUGAGAGCAGAAAAUUUGAAUGCCAGUACUGUUUCAGAGAGUUUGCGAAUUCACAGGCCCUGGGAGGUCAUCAGAAUGCUCAUAAGAAGGAGAGACAGCAGGCAAAAAGGGCUCAGAUUCAGACCGGAAGAAGCAGCAGAUGUUUUGGCCUGCAACGUUUUCCUCGCUCUGGGCUUCUCAGUCCCCACUCUUCUUGCAUGUUUGACACAGCCAUGCCCGUCAUCCAACCCAUUCCUGCUGUUUCUGGCUACAAUACCCAACACCCAUCUGUGUUUGGAGGGUCUCUUGCCAUUAAUCCAAGGUCUGCAACUAUCCGUCCUAAUACCAAUCCAUUGAUUUACGUUGCUCCACAAUGGCAGGAGUAUGGCUCUGGCUUUUCCUCAAUCUUGUCCUAUACUCCCAACUUUUAUUCCUUCCAGUCUCCAUCCAAUGAUUUACCAAGCUUCACAUCAUUGCCAUUGCCCUUCCAACCAAGACAGUUAAGUAACUUGGUCAGCUUUCAACAGCAGGAGGUUGUUGCAGAUGCAGAACAACAUAAACACAGUAGUAAUAAUAAUAAUGCAGGUUUGCAGCUGCAUGAGGCUGAGCAUGGAUUGGAUCUUCAUUUGGGUCUUGGGCCUUUUUCGAAUCAAUAGACUUAUAGCUGGCUUGAUCGUAAUUUUGUAUUGGUUCAAUCUAUGAAUUUAUAUCCAAAUUUAAUGUCUUUUUUUGUUGAA